AUAUUCUCGUUCCUCUAUGAAGGUGAUCUUGCAAAAUGUGGCAGUGUUUCGAGACGUUUUUACCGGAUGUCAAAUGACAUCAAUGUUUGGAGAGUUCUCUAUCAAAGAGUAUUCGAGUACACAGUACCGUUGUUCCAUCCGGGACAUGGAAAGUUUGAAUUCCGAGAUUUGACAAAAUGGAAAGAGUCGAGGAACCCGUGGAAGGAGAGCUUUUUCCAGCUGCGUAACGGUAUCCAUGUUCGACCACGAAAAGCGAAUUUAUACGAGGGUCAGAGGGGUCGAUCGAUUUUGCACUUUGAGCGACUUGAGCUAGCACUGCGUUUCCUGGAAGCACGACCCGACCGUGAGAAGUUGAUCUUUCUUCACACUGGUCACUAUUGCCCGGAACCGAUCGUCAUCGAUACUCCAGUGCAAAUUAUUGGUGCAACAGCACUGAUGCUCUCUCUGUUCAAUUCCUUUCAUAAGCAUUGGAUAAUUGAGGUCAAGUGA